UUGCAUUUUGGGCGUGGUUAUGACACGUGGUGUGUUCUAAAUUCUAAUGCUUGAGAAAAAUGUUCAAGUUAUUUUCACAGUCAUUUAGAGCUGUCUCAUUGCCUCAUUUAACUUUGAGAGCAGUGUCACGUCCGUUUUGUUCAGCCACAAAAGCCAUUACUGAUACUAAAAGUACUCCACCUGCAAGGAUCUGUUUGCCCGUUGAAGAUGAAUCUGGUGAAGAAUUGGUACCAGAAAGGCUGUACUCUAUGAUUAAUAUUAAGGUUCAAGGCUUUGAAUUUGCUGUGUUGGAGAGUUAUAUUAAAUUCGUUACUACAGCUUGUGAAGCUCUAGGUAUCAAAAAUGGGGGAAGGGUGGCCUUGCCAACUGAAUUUCAAAAGUUCACAGUCCUCAAAUCGGCCCACAUAUUUAAGAAGCAUCGUGUGCAGUACGAAAUAAGGACGUACUCAAGAUUGGUGCAGAUCAGACAAAUCACUGGCACAACUGCUGAUGUGUUUUUAGAAUACAUACAGAGGAAUUUACCUGAGGGAGUGACAAUGACUAUUUACCAAGAGGAAUUACGGGCUCUACCUAAAUUGCUAAUGAGCCAGUAUGAAGUUGAAAAGCCGCCUCAAGUUAGAAGUAAAAAGAAGAAAUAGUUGAUCUUGAGGACAAUCAUUGUAGGAACAGUUUAUGUAGAAGAAUGUUAUCAAUAACUAUAUUACACUAAAUGUAUGUGAACAUCACCUGACAUUGUGAUUAUAAUUUCAUGUCAUCCUUAAGUGCAUUGACAGCUUUAUUGCAUGUACAUGUUAUCUAGUGUUGCACCUCAAAUGUGUACACAUUUACAAUCACUCCAUCAAAAUUAGUCAGAUGCAA